UGAGUACGGUGUACAUUUCCGCCCUGCCACUCUCCACUUUUCAGUUCAAUUCCUUCCUUCCAUGCUUGUUUCCUUUUUUAUCAUUAGCCCUUAUCAGGCGGCCCUUGCAGCCAGGGGCCCAUUUUCUUUACAACCCCCCUUACCAUCGACAAUACACGGGCCACCGAGCGGUGAAACCUCGAUGCUCUUAGAACAACAUCGACGCCCGCUUCCCAUUCCCUCCCUUCACUUUCAUCCAACCGCCAGCGAGCUAGCUAUCAGCACCUAGGAUUGCGCCGCCGUGUGUUCCGCGUCUUGCCGGGUCAUCUCGAAUGCUCCGGAACGUCAUGACGGUUGCACUGAUGCAAGGACCACUGCCCGUUUCUGCGUUUGCGGCUCAAUCAGAUGGCCUUCCCGGCUUCUAUCGCGCCGCGCCGCGUCGCCAUAUGACCGGUCUUACACCUUGCUUUAUGACUCAAACUCAAUUCCCAUUCUUAUCAAACGAGGCGGUGAUGCCGGCUAGGUCACUUUCUAGUCAACACUAUAUAGACUUAGAUGUGGCCUGGCUGGUUCUCCCCUAUGUCUUUUCCCCUUCCGAUAUUCAUGAAUCCUGCCCUCUUUUCUAUCACAUAGCGUGCCACGUCGUCAACUAGCGUCGUUGUGAUUUGCUCUUCUCUGUGUUGACGUCGCUCUCGUUACUUCCCCCAGGCCGUGCUUGGCCAACAUGUCGCCCAGCAUGUUAUCCCUAGCCAUUGAUACUAAUUUUCCUGCCUUGGACAGAUUUCCUGACUACAUAGAUCCUGUUGAUUCCUUCUUAGACAUCAUGGCGACCACGAAUGCCCCCCAGAACAAGCUUCUGGGCAAAGUGGUGGCCGAGUCGCAAGACUC